CUCGUUUCGAUUUGGUCUUUUCUCUUUCGAAGAAUAAAAAAAAAAAGAGAGGAAAAGCAAAGGCCCUCUUCACGCACGCAUAACAAAACGCAUGCAUUUCUUUUAAAACUUCUUCCUCUCUCUCUCUCUCUCUCUCACAAAUUACUCAAACCUCUCUUUCUUUCCAUGGCUGUUGAUGCUCACCAUCUCCUUCUCUCUUCUCCUCAACUCUUCCCCAGCAGAGAUUUAAUAGUGAUGAACAGUAACAACAACAACAACAACAACACCAUGGUACCGACUAAUGGAGGUUUCUCCACGAACAUUCAAAACGGUUACGGCUUCUCAUUGACAGACGAUUCGCCUCCUCCUCUUCUGUACGGCGGCUCCUCACCCGCCGAUUCGUUCACUAAUUACUACGCCGAUGGUGCUAAUGUACUCCAGACUAGAAAACGCUCCAGAGAUUCAAGAUCCGAUUACUAUCAUCAGUCACCAUCUCCUUUUGCGUUUCUCGGCCAUGACAUUGAUCUCUCCUCUCACAUCAAUCAGCAACAGCACGAUAUCGAUCGAUUCGUCUCCCUUCACAUGGAGAGAGUGAGAUUCGAGAUCGAAGAGAGGAGGAAGAGGCAAGCGAGGACGAUCGUGGAGGCGAUAGAGCACGGUCUCGCGAAGAGGCUCCGAGCCAAGGAAGAAGAGCGAGAGAGAAUCGGGAAGAUGAACCACGCGCUCGAGGAGCGAGUGAAGUCUCUCUCCGUCGAGAACCAAAUCUGGCGGGAUCUCGCUCAGAGCAACGAGGCGACCGCUAACAACCUCCGCAACAACCUCGAGCAGGUCCUGGCGCAGGUUAACGAUCUAACAAACGGCGCAGGAUUAUUAGGUAACGCCGCUGGGGAUGAUGAUGAUGAUGCGCAGUCGUGUUGCGGGAGUAGCACGGGUGGAGAAGAAGCGGUUAGGCGCACGGUAGCGCCAGGACGGAUGUGCAGAAACUGUGGGGAGGGGGAAUCGUGUGUGUUGGUCUUACCGUGCAGACACUUGUGCUUGUGUGGAGUCUGUGGGUCCAGUGUGCACACGUGUCCCAUCUGUAGAUCUCCCAAAAACGCUAGCGUUCAUGUUAACAUGUCACCUUGACCCCCCCGUUUAUGGAAACUAUUCUCUUUUCUUUUUGUUAAUGGAUGCUUUUAUUUUUUUAUUUUCUCUUGAACAAUUAAUUGUAAGGAAAUUAAUAGAAAAAUCUUUUUUAGAUAAGAAA